UGGAGCCACUGUCCCAAAAUCGCGUCCUUCUGCAGAGCAAAGCUCCGAUUUAGAGGCUGCUUGAGAAAAUAUUUACUCAUUUCGUUAUAAAGACCGACAACGACCGUGUCGCGGAUCCGAGAGGAAGGCAUUCAACAUGUCUUCUGCACAAGUCUCCUCGUCGAGGAGGCAGUCGUGUUAUCUCUGCGAUUUGCCCCGCAUGCCGUGGGCUAUGAUUUGGGAUUUUACCGAGCCGGUGUGCAGAGGGUGCGUGAAUUACGAAGGCGCGGAUCGGAUCGAGUUUGUCAUCGAGACCGCGCGGCACCUUAAGCGGGCUCAUGGCUUCCAAGAGGGGAGAUCCCCGGGACCUGCGCCGCCGCCCACGGUGAAGGCACAGGCAGCCAUGGCGGCCAAGGAGACGGUGCAGCUGAACCAUGUGGACGCCUCGUCUAAGCAGCAACAGCAGCAGCAGCAAGGGCUAGAGCGGUACUCCCUGAGCACCGAGAGAUCACGCUUCGAUUACUCCGCCAUCGGCGCUCACGCCGGACGCCUCCCGAACGGACUCGGAGGACCGAAUGGAUUUCCGAAAUCAGACGACGGGCCUCCCGAGCUUAACCGCCAGAGCCCAAACUCUCGCCGAAGCCACGGCCUGGUCACGGUGCCCGGGCAGAUGAACGUACCACCGAAUCUACUCCCGCAGACCAUGCUGAACGGCCCUCCAUCAGCAGCGGGCAUUGCGCAGCACAGCAUGGCUGGCAGAGCCCCUCCAACAGCCAGCAUGAGCACAGCUUUGUCCAUGGCGUCGCAGGCGAUGUCGGAGCAAGGUAAAAGACCCGGUUCCGUGUCCAGUACGGACCAAGACCGCGAUCUGAAAGAGAAGCAGCGCAACGCGGAGGCUUUGGCCGAACUUAGCGAGAGUUUGCGGAACAGAUCUGAGGACUGGGCGAGUAAGCCUAAGAUCGUAAGGGAGACGUUGAUUACACUUUCGAACUCUUCGCCCUUUGAUAUUAGGUUCAAGAAAGACCAUUCACUUUCGGGCAGAGUGUUUGCUUUCGACGCUGUGUCUAAGCCCGGUAUGGACUACGAGCUGAAAAUAUUUGUUGAAUACCCAAGUGGAUCUGGUAAUGUGUUCUCCAGUGCGUCAGGUGUGGCCAAACAAAUGUAUCAAGACUGCAUGAAAGACUAUGGCAGGGGGCUCUCGUCCGGGUUUAAGUAUCUGGAAUAUGAGAAGAAGCACGGUUCCGGCGACUGGCGACUAUUGGGCGAUUUGCUACCCGAGACUGUGCGGUUCUUUAAGGAAGGACUUGGCGCCGAGAUGCUGCCGCAACCCUACAUCGACGCCAGCUGUCCGCUGUUGCCUUCAGCGCUCGUGAACAUGCCGCGCGCCAUGCCGUCCGCCAGUGCGCUCAGACCGGGCAUGCGCAAGCGCAAAGCGUCGCCUGAACCAGACUCAGCCGAGGGAGCGCUCAAGAUCAGCGAUGAGCAGCAGAGGCAGCAAUGGAUAGCCAGUCAAAGCGAGGCGCUGAAGCUCACCAUGGCGUCAGGCUCGUUCGUGGCCUCGCACGGUGGUCCUCCGCCCCUUGGGCCCGUGCACUCGAGCCGAGCCACGCCGCCUGAAUCGGCUCCGCAGAACGGACAGUCCCCCAUGGCCGCGCUCAUGUCUGUGGCAGACACACUCGGCAACGCGCACUCCCCUAAAGACAGCAACUCCGUUCACUCCACCACGUCCACCAGACACAACAGCAGCAGUCCGGUAUCGCCUGCUUCCGUGUCGGGACAGAGGCGCUUGGCUUCCCGUAACGGAGACUUAAACAUGGCCGGGACGCCCUCGCAGUCCGCAUCCCAUCAGAACAUGGAGCAGGCGCACCCACAAAACAUUCCCGACUCUCCCAUGGCCAACAACGGACCGCUGUGUUGCACCAUUUGUCAUGAACGCUUAGAAGACACACACUUCGUGCAGUGUCCCUCUGUUCCUAACCACAAAUUCUGCUUCCCAUGUUCACGCGAGAGCAUCAAAGCACAGGGGGCAACCGGCGAGGUGUAUUGCCCCAGCGGAGAGAAAUGUCCCCUGGUAGGUUCGAAUGUGCCUUGGGCUUUCAUGCAAGGCGAAAUCGCAACCAUUCUGGCAGGGGACGUUAAAGUGAAAAAGGAAAGGGACCCCUAAAAUGAUCAUGCUUCCCGAAUCAGAACCGUAAAUUGAGUCGAGUAUAUUAUAUACAUGUUGUGAAUAACUGACAAAGUAGUCCUAUGUACAGAGACCCCCUUCUUUCCGUCAUAUAUCUCAGUGUUUUGAAACAAAGGUACAGUGGGCAGUGUGAUGUCAUGGCUAAUUUGAAGGAGGAGGCAGUUUGGACAUGUUUGGUGGCGAUGUAUUUUGGUGGCAGUGUUAACGGUACGGUGGGGAAGCACUUUGCGCUCACGUUUUUAUUUGGGCUCAUGCACUUCUUUAAAGGUGAUACCCCUUUUCCCACCCUCCCUCUCCCUCCCCACCCACCCAUCCCUAUAUAAAUCCGGAUUGUUACCGGAGGUGUUUUGUCCUAGUUACCAACAUAAACAGGAAGGCGCGAGAAAUGACUCGGUUUAUAGACCGUUAGUGGGCAUUUUUUUUUGUCUUUGGGUCUGUUUAUAUUUUUGACGUACUUUACAAAAAAAAAAAAAAAAUCAACAAAAAAAAACAAUGUCUCACCUUCAUCUCGUGUUCUGAAAUUACAAAUAUAGUUUCCUACGUGUUUUUCAUUCUCCUCCCCUUUUGCUUUAAAGGUGCACGGAUGCUUCUUAAGAGUAGAGCAAAAAUACUGUACAUGAACUUAAAUAAAUGCUCUGUUUGUUUAUACAUUUCUGUAGUAACAGAAGACUUGUAACGUGCCUUGGAGCUGAGUAAAUUGUAAUAAAUUCAUUGAUAUUAA